AAAAAAUUUUUAAUUUGGGCUUUGGAAGCAGAAGAGCCAGCUCAAAGCUAAAUUAAUCCAAAAAAAUGCCGAUUACUAGCAUUGCAAUUGGAUCUCCAGCGGAGGCUAGCCAACCAGAUGCCCUCAAGGCAGCCCUUGCCGAGUUUAUUUCUAUGCUCAUUUUCGUCUUUGCCGGUGAAGGAUCCGGCAUGGCAUUUAACAAGCUGACCGAUAAUGGGUCAACAACACCAGCCGGCCUAGUAGCAGCUUCACUGGCUCACGGAUUUGCCCUGUUCGUGGCGGUUUCAGUAGGUGCUAAUAUUUCUGGUGGGCACGUAAACCCUGCUGUUACAUUCGGUGCCUUUGUUGGUGGCCACAUAACAUUCAUCAGAAGUGUUCUUUACUGGAUUGCCCAAUUGCUCGGUUCUGUGGUUGCUUGCUUGCUUCUUAAGUUUGCCACUGGUGGAUUGGAAACAUCUGCUUUUGCCCUAUCAUCUGGAGUUGGUGCAUGGAAUGCACUUGUUUUCGAGAUCGUUAUGACCUUUGGUUUGGUGUACACUGUAUAUGCAACAGCCGUGGACCCAAAGAAGGGUAACAUCGGGAUAAUUGCACCCAUUGCAAUUGGUUUCAUUGUGGGUGCCAAUAUCUUGGCUGGUGGUGCCUUUGAUGGUGCAUCCAUGAACCCAGCAGUCUCCUUCGGACCAGCAGUAGUCAGCUGGACAUGGGACAACCACUGGGUCUACUGGCUCGGUCCAUUCCUCGGGGCUGGCAUCGCUGCUGUUGUUUAUGAAGUCUUCUUCAUUAGCCCAAGUACACAUGAACAGCUUCCCUCUACAGAAUUUUAAGAAUUCAGAUUUCUUUUUUGGUUUUCCCUCUUGGUUUAUGUGAUGAGAGAAGGUUGAAAGUUGGGUGCGUCUCUUUGGUUUCAAUGUUGUAUUGGUGGUGCUGUUGGCGUUUGUAUCUGGUUCAAGUACUUCUCGUUAAUUGUUGAUUCUUGUAUCCUUGUCUUCUUCUAAAAUUCUUCCAUCUUUCAAGUA